AUGCUAAGUUCACUUUUUAAAUUUAUUAUCUUUCGAGCUUUUUUAAGUUUUUUCGUUUUAGACAGCCUUACUGAAUGUGAGGACGAAGACGAUAAUUUCGAAAAUUUAAUGGAUGAUAUAACAUCGAAGAAACAAAAACUACAAAGUGAAAAUUCUCUUCAGAUGCACAUACGACGACCAAUGAAUGCAUUUAUGAUUUUCUCCAAGCGACAUCGGCCAAUUGUUCAUGAAAAAUAUCCAAAUAGGGAUAAUCGGACAGUAUCGAAAAUCUUAGGCGAAUGGUGGUAUGCACUGGGUGUUGAGGAAAAGAAAAAAUACCACGACCUAGCUACUCAAGUAAAAGAAGCUCAUUUUCGUGCUCACCCAGAUUGGAAGUGGUGCAGCCGGGAACGCCGGAAAUCUGUUAAUGGAACACGGAAAGAAAUCGACCCAAUUUCAGAUGAAGACGCUCAUAACAAUCUCGAUGUCGACAAUUCUGAUCAAAUGGCUUCUGACUGUAUAGAAGGAAAAGUUUUACCUUUGUUCAGUCCUGCACUAAUCACCGUAUAUAUUAACUUUUUUCAUAAAAAAUCAUGA